CCUAAUCUAACGACAUUUGCUGAGCCGGAGAUCAUACCUAUGGUCAGAUCAUAUCAUCUGAGAGAACGAGAGCAUUUGAACGAGCACUAUGCUCAGUAAGCUUGAUCGCAUACUCAGCAGACAUCUAUUACUUCAUUUGAUCAGGGUCGUUGGAGCAUCAAGUAGUCCUUGAAAUGACCAUAAGGGACAGACAAGACCUUCAAGCACUGUGCUAUUUUUUCUGUACUUCCAUGUAUGUUUAUGUUUUUCAGAAAUUGAGUUUGGCUUCUCCAGAGGAUUGGUUUUUGUCUCGCUGGUUUUGAUUAGCCAAGUUUUGCUGUCAACACAGGUCACAGUCGCAAGACUGUGAAGAGUGUUUAGAUCUGGAAUAUGGGUAUGAUUUAUUUCAUGCUUUUCUCGCCGUUUUCCGAAGGAAAACUGUUUGGGAGCCAUGAUCGGGCAUCUUCCUCAGCUAGCAACGUCGAAAUGGAAGCUAGCAUUUAUUUCCUGUCACAUAUGUGUCACGUGACCUGGUCGCAUUCACUUCGGACAUCUCAUUGUCAUGAAGACAUCUUUCUUUUCGUGCAAAGGCAAAGCUUAACCUGCAUAUGGUCUCAUUUGAGGUCUUCUAUUCUUGCCUCCGAAUCGUUGCUCAUCCCCCAUGUCAUGUGAGGGCUAUAUAAUUCUUGCAAUUCUGCAGACCAUCGAAUUCAUUUCGAAGAUAAUCCUGCAAUCUUACUUGAGUUUUGCUUUAGAAAUAUCCUAUGUGCUGCCUUAUCAUCUAGACUCUAAUGUUUGAUUCUCAAAAUUCGUGAGAGCUUGGUGGAACGGUUGCGUUCUUGAAGCGUAUAAACAGAUUCACUCGACACUUUCCUGGAUCUGCUGAUUUGUGACUUGUUUUAAAGUCGCAGGAGCCAGAAUCUAAAGUCAUUCUCGAGAUGCAUUCCUGCUCUACUGGAGCUGAGAUUAUUUGGCUCCAGAGCCUACCAUUUUGGUGUUGUCAAGUAAUUUGAGGCUCUUCACCUUUUUCUCGCUACUCUCAUCAAUUCCACUAAACUUUUGCUGCCUGAUUCUGAUUGUCACCACUCAUCGUUGAGCCUACAAAAGGCCCGUCGCCCGCCAUUUCCAACAUCUCUUCCACCUAUACACAACAAACAGAAUUCUUUUCAGCGCCUUGCUUCGAUCUAUCUACACCUCGAUCAGCAAUACAACAUCCAGCCCACAUACUUCAUACAACGUCUGUGAUUCAUCGCUCUCAACAUUCAAAAUGUCUACAGUCGACCUCGCAACUCCCACCGGGCCCAGCAUGUCUCUAGGAGACCUUAUCGUAGAGGCUGUUGAUCAACCUGAGAUGGCCGACGAUACCGCAGCUGUCAGUGCCCCAGAGCCUGUUAUCACCGAGACUCCAACCAAGGUCAAGAAACCCCGCAAGACUCCAGUAAAGAAGGAAAAGCCAGUCACCAACGACGCCGAGGAUGGCGAGACUGCUACCCAUGAUGCUGAAGCAGAAACCCCAACAAAGACAGCUAAGAAGCCACGCAAGCCUGCGGUCAAGAAGGAAAAGCCUGCUCCCAGGGAGGGUGAAGAAGCCACUGGUGAUGCUGAGGAGCCAACUACCCCCAAGGCUGCGGCACCAAAGAAGCGCGGUCCUGCAAAGAAGAAGGCCGAUGCGACUCCUGCAACCCCAAAUGGUGCUGAGAACGGUGAUGUUGAGAUGACCACACCCGCCACCAACGGUGCCCCAAAGUCUGCCGGCAAGAAGCGUGGUCCAACCAAGGCUGCCAAUGGCGAGACACCCACCAAGAAAGCUAAGGCUACCAAUGGUGAUACUCCUGCUAAGCGCGCUGCUGGUACCAAGUUCCCUGAGUGCUGGGCUGAGUUUUGUGAGGAGGACAAGCUUAUUGUCAAUAUGCGCCGCCAGGGCAAGAAGUGGGAGGAGAUUGAGCCGGCUUGGACUGAGAUUACCGGUACAGUUCCUGGCAAGGAUUCUCUUCGAAAGCGUUUCGCCAAAUUGGAAGCUGUUGCUCAAGACUUCAAUGAGGCUGAUCUCCCCAAGCUUGUUGCCGCCAAGAAAUCCAUCGAUGCCGAUUUCAUCGCACUAAAGGAACAAAUGCAAAUUGACCAAGCAGCCGCCCUUGAGAAGAUGAAGAAUGACCAGAUUAACGCUCUCAAGAAGCAAGAGACUGCCAUGUGGGGCAAGAUCUCUGAGCACAUUAAGACUGCUGGUGGUGACGAUUACAAGGCAUUCUUGCUGGAAAAGAAGUGGAAGGCUUUGGAGAAGAGCGGUGAAAUCGAUGCUAAUGGCAACCUCCCAGGUCCUGUCGCAGAAGAUGAUGAUGCCGUCGAUGGCGAUAUGGAGAACCUAUCGGUUUCUGAUGACGCUGCUGACACAAAUUGUAUCGAUUACGUCGAGGACGCUGAGGGUGACCGCAUGGAGCAAUAGAUGGACAGCACUUUGGUUCGAUACCUUGUUGAUUGAUUCGCUCGAUCUCUGCUCUAUCACCUGCCUUGGCCAUACUCUUUGACUCUGGUUCAUUUGUUUCCGGAGGAUAUUGAGGUUCACUUUUCUUCUUUGCUCCUCUUUUGAUAUUCUUUGCUGUUAUUAGCUGCUUGCUCGUUCCGUCUUGCACGCUUGAUCUGGAUAAAUGUUCAUUUCUCGCAACAGCUUGAUACAUACUUGCUCGCGCAAUUGCUGCUGCUGCUUAGGGUUUCUGCAAUAUGGGGAAUAAUUUCUGCACAUUCGUGUCUGCUUGCAAUACUAGGAUGGGGAUUCUGAACUCAGGAUGGCGUAGUUGCAUAUGCAGGCAAGCACCUU